AUUUCAAAUGAACAUGUGCAACGUCCACAUACUGUCUCAUACAUCAAUGUCACAUUUCCUUGCCAAGGAUACCCUACUCUGUCACACACAACCGCGUGACAUUGCUGUAAGAAUACAUCCCCCACAAUGCAUUGCGUUCUCAACAUGGCGUCUCACACUGCGGCUUGACUUCUGUCAACAAAACACGAAAACGUUUCUAAAAGGCAACUCGAACUGUGUAGUGAGGUUGACCAAAUCUAUUUGAAACAGGAGGAUGAAACUGCUGCUGACAGUAGUAAAACACCUCCAUAAACCAGCUGUGUGCACCAGUCCCCGGCGCGGUCUGAGCUCCUGCGCCAGCAGCGGCGGCCUGUUAGCCGGCAGAGAUGCGACUCUGAUCGUCGGGUCAAGCCGAGAGCUGCUGCAAAGACUCGGCUCACAGGUGGAGGUGAGGGCGGACUUCAUCACCGAGGAGGAGGAGGGAGCUUUUAUGCGAGAGCUGGAGCUAGGCUUGAAGAAGAAACGCUACGAAUUUGACCACUGGGACGAUGCUAUUCACGGGUACCGAGAGACUGAGCGUUUGAGUUGGGGGGCAGCGUGUGAGGAGGUCUUGACUCGUGUCCGAUCUGUAGCGUUCGAUGAGGGUAGCCCACUCCUCGGGCCUGUGCACGUCCUAGAUCUGGACAAGACUGGCUACAUCAAGCCUCACGUUGACAGUGUCAAGUUUUGUGGCAGCACCAUCGCUGGGUUGAGUCUGCUGUCAGACAGCAUCAUGCGCUUGGUAAAGGAGGAUGCCACCAGUGAAUGGCUGGACCUGCUGCUGCCACGACGCUCCCUCUACAUACUGAGGAACCAGGCCAGAUAUAACUUCACUCAUGAGAUCCUAAAAGAUGAAGAGUCUGUGUUCAAUGGACAGAAAGUGCCUCGGCAGCGCCGAAUCUCCGUCAUCUGUCGGAACCUUCCGGGCUAACACACACAUAUUGACUCAGCUGGGAUGUUAACAGAGCACAACUUGAGCUCUGAGGAUUGUGUCAAUGACCGCCAUGUCUUUUAGUUAAUAUACAGUUGUUAUAUACAUCUAUGAUAAAGUGUUGGGGAUGUUUAUUGUAGUUGAGACACUCUCCACACUGUGCUAUUGAGAAAUGUUGAUUGGCUUGUCGGGGUCACACCUGCCUCAGAGUACUAAAGAAGUCUGUUCUAACAGAAGCGGCAUCACAGUGUUCACAUUUUCAUGGAUCAUAAUCAACUGAAUGAGCCCUUGAUUAUCAGUCUUCAUUCACUGGAGCUUUUUUAAAGUUUCUACACAUCCGCCCACAACAACUGCACCAUCUUUGCUGUAGUUUUAACAUCAUUUAAAUUACCUCCCACUGCUGGAGAGGAGAGCAACAUGCAGAAAGUUAAGAAUCUCAGCUUUAAAUGUAUAAAAUAUUUGUUUAUACAUAUGUUAGUUCCACAUUAAAAGGCAGGAGAGUACUUUGAUUCUAAAUAAAGUUUUUAUAUAUUAUCACAGAGACAGUCUUUGUGAAACAUUUUGCAGCGCACUUUACCGAAUAAAAUCAAAGUGAACUUGGA